CUGAAGCUCACACAGCGCACAAUCUCCUGGGACACCUGUUCCUCUGCUUUAGGAAAUCCCAGCCCUUUUAUCUGAGGGACAUGAAGCUUGAAGUUUUCUCCGCACACCACUUUGCACAAAAGCCGAUGGAGAUGCCUCUGGAUGUGGAGGGGAGAGUGCCCUCUCCGCUGUCCGGAGAUGAACUGGGGUCAGACGGGGACUGCGUGGCCAACAGCCCGGCACCUGUCACCUGUCAAGGUGGUGAUGGCGGUAAGGGCAAACCCUACACGCGCAGACCAAAGCCACCGUACUCUUACAUCGCCCUGAUCGCCAUGGCCAUCAGGGAGUCCGCCAGCGGCCGCCUGACUCUGGCUGAAAUCAAUGACUUUCUGAUGAAGAAGUUCCCCUUCUUCCGCGGCAGCUACACGGGCUGGAGGAACUCCGUGCGCCACAACCUGUCUCUGAAUGACUGCUUCCUCAAAGUGCUGCGCGACCCCUCCAGACCCUGGGGCAAAGACAACUACUGGAUGCUCAACCCGCACAGCGAGUACACUUUUGCGGACGGUGUGUUCAGGCGCAGGAGGAAGCGCAUCGCCAAGAGGCCAAACAAAGAGCAGGAAACCCCGGACAUGAGCGAAGAGGACUCCAAGCGCAUCCUCCUCCCUGGUGCACAGCAGGAGGACAGGGUCAAGUUCUCCAGCUCAUUCGCUAUUGACAGCAUCCUCAGCAAACCCUUUACGCGCAGGGAGGAGACAGAUGCUGGGAAUUACGGGGCACGGCUCUAUUGGCCCCCAGGAGCCCCUCACGUGCUGCCAUGCGCUCUGAACUUUAACUACCUGUCAGAAGCGUUUGUGGAGCCGGGACAUACACAUCUGCACCACACACUGACAGGGCCGAGGAUGCCGAGCAAGACGCGGAGUUUCCACAUUGACUCUCUGCUCUCGUGACCGUGUUGACCCCAAAUGCACUGGGCGUUGCAAGUUUUUGUACUGUACAUGAGUCCAUGGUUCAUUGUUCAUUUCUGUUGUUUGAAAACUUUAUCUUCUUAUUUAUAUUUGCUUGUUUUGUAUGACCUGCUGUACGUUUAAAGUGUAAAUAUAUGAAAAUAAAUAUUGACUGAGCCGCGAGAAGGUCACGUGGCUAAACGCACUAAACGCAUGGACAGUCUGUUUACUCUGGAAAUUCAAUGGUUCAUGCAUGUAUGCUAUUUUUAUAAAUAAAAUGAAAUGGGA